AUGAUCGCAAGACUUCUCUUCGCACUCGCCUCCCUGGCGUCCACUCGUGAGUCUGCGCCGCAGGGUACUAAUCAUCCAAGCGAGCUUCCGUUUACGAAUAAGACUCCAGGGAAGUUUUUCCUGCAGUCGAAGCCGGAGAAUGCCCAAUACCCCAGGGACCAGGAUUGUGCUGGGAGCUGUGCAGCAGCGAUGCGGAUUGCUCGGAAGGCCUCCUCUGCUGCUCCAACGGAUGCGGCCACGAAUGCAUGCCACCCCGUAAGGUCAACGGCCCUGCCGUUCCGUAAAUUCGCUCAAUGUGUGGACUCAGAGAUCAUCUUGUAUGCUUCCUCCAUAGAGCUGACAUGCUCAGACGUGGACUGCCCCGAGGACUGUGUCAUGGGUCACACUAUCUGCGGUCGUCCCCCCGGCGAAUGUCCUCUCAUGCCAUACUGCAUGCCCUAUGAUUCAUUCACGUGCGAGGACGUGACCUGCGCGCCGGGUGAGACGUGCGUGAUGCAGGAGGUGGUAUGUGUCACUGAACCCUGCUACCCUGUUCCCGAAUGCAUCGCUGAAUGAUUAAUUAAUCGGGAUUAAUAUAGAAUCUUCUCGCCACU